AUGGCUCCAUCCGCUAAGGCUACUGCUGCUAAGAAGGCCGUUGUUAAAGGUACCAAUGGUAAGAAGGCUUUGAAGGUCAGAACCUCUGCCACUUUCAGAUUGCCAAAGACUUUGAAAUUGGCUAGAGCACCAAAAUAUGCCACUAAAGCAGUCCCACACCACAUCAGAUUGGAUUCUUACAAGGUGAUCGAACAACCAAUCACUUCUGAAACCGCUAUGAAGAAGGUUGAAGAUGGUAACACUUUGGUUUUCCAAGUUUCUUUGAAGGCUAACAAGUACCAAAUUAAGAGAGCUGUCAAGGAGCUAUACGAAAUUGAUGUGCAAUCAGUUAACACUUUGAUUAGACCAAAUGGUACCAAGAAGGCUUACGUUAGAUUGACUGCUGACCACGAUGCCUUGGAUAUCGCUAACAGAAUCGGUUACAUCUAA